UUCUGUCACAGUCCACUUCCUGGUGUGAUUUCUUGUGGGCAACUCGACGCCGCAUCAAAGAUGUCUUUUAUCAUCAGAGAUUCUGUUCAGUAAUAUUGUGAACCAACAAUAUAUAAUUUGCACAGAGGGUCGCUGGAGAGCUGGUGGUAGUUGUCGCGAGCAGUGUUGUCACUCUCGGCGCACUACGCACCGUUUGCUCUCCCUAUGCUAACUGGGCUCCCCAGUGCUAACUAGCUCACAUUGUAAAUAUUAGCUAGCUGAGCUAGCAGCCGAACAUUUGAUUGAUAAAAUGGCUACCAUGGAGAAAUUGAUGAAGGCCUUUGAGUCUCUGAAGUCAUUCCAGCAACAACAGGGACCACCGACUGCAGAGGAGCUUGUCCUGAGGCAGAAAAAGGAACAGGCCACUACCAAGAAGGACAGAGUAACACACUGUUUGACAAUAUGUGAAAACAUAGUGGCUCAGUCACUAAGCAGAACAUCUCCAGAGUUUCAGAAACUUUUGGGGAUUGCUAUGGAGAUGUUUCUACUCUGCAGCGAUGACUGUGAAUCUGAUGUGCGGAUGGUUGCUGAUGAGUGCCUAAACAAAAUUAUCAAAGCACUGAUGGACUCCAAUUUGCCCAGAUUGCAACUGGAGCUUUAUAAAGAAAUCAAAAAGAAUGGUGCCUCUCGGAGCCUGAGGGCAGCAUUGUGGAGGUUUGCUGAGCUGGCCCACCUCAUUAGACCACAGAAGUGCAGACCUUAUCUAGUCAACCUGCUGCCGUGCCUCACGAGAAUUACCAAGCGCCAAGAAGAAACCGUUCAAGAGACACUGGCUUCAGCAAUGCCCAAGAUCAUGCUGGCCUUGGGACAUUUUGCUAAUGAUAGUGAAAUAAAGGUGUUGCUCAAGUCAUUUGUGGCAAACCUUAAGUCAAACUCGCCUACCAUUCGAAGGACAGCAGCGAGCUCAGCAGUCACUGUCUGCCAACACUCCAGACGUACUACCUAUUUCAACACCUGGCUCCUAAAUGUGCUGCUGGGUCUUGUGGUUCCUGUGGACGAAGAGCACCCGACUCAUCUCAUUCUGGGUGUCCUGUUAACUCUCCGUUACUUGAUACCCCUCCUCCUUCAGCAAGUGAAUACAUCCAGCAUCAAGGGAAGUUUUGGAGUCACAAAGAAAGAGGCAGAUGUGCAGCCAACACCUGAACAACUGUUACAGGUGUAUGAACUUACCUUACACUACACUCAACACUGGGAUCACAAUGUGGUCACAGCAGCUUUGGAGCUCCUGCAGCAGACCUUGCGGACUCCACCCCCAGAGCUUUUGCACAUGCUCAUCACCGCAGGCAGCAUACCCCACGCCACUGUGUUUCGCCAGGACACUGAUAGCCGUGCACGAUCUGGCAGCAUUCUCGAACUCAUUGGAAAAAUGAUCUCUGGAGAAGAGGAUGGGUUAGAGGAUGAAGCUGAGAAAAAUGACGUCACCACCGGCAACUUUUCAACUUCAGCUGCUGAUGGCUCUUCUACAGGCCAAGUGGACAUCAUCACAGAACAGCCCCGCUCCUCGCAGCACACCCUCCAGCCCGGUGACUCUGUGGACCUCAGUGCGUCCUCAGAACAGGGUGGCAGCGGUGGGACCCCUGAAUCUCCCAAUGACAAUGAGGAGGAAAUGCUCAGCAGAAGCUCUAGUGGUGGAGCCAACAUCACUCCAGAGACUGCAGAUUACACCACCCCUGAGAAUGUCACACCAGAGGGGCCAUUAGGGAAUGGAGGAGCGCUUUUAGGCACCAACGAUCAAUCGCUUCCUCCCAGUGACUCGUCCCAAACGACCACAGAGGGGCCCGACUCGGCGGUCACUCCCUCAGAUGUAGCAGAACUGGUGUUGGAUGGCAGUGAGAGCCAGUACUCUGGGAUGCAAAUAGGAACUCUACAGGACGAAGAGGAAGAAGGAGCAGCCACAGUCUCCCAGGAAGAGCAGCAGCAGGAGCCCUUUCUGCAGUCAGCUUUGGCUCUGAGUAAGCCUCACCUUUUUGAAGGUCGUGGUCACAACCGUCAGGGUUCAGACAGUAGCGUGGAGCGCUUUUUACCAAAAGAGGAACUAACUGAACCUGAGCCUGACAACAAGCCAUCUCGGAUAAAGGGUCAAAUCGGACAUUAUACAGAUCAAGAUAAGGAACCUGUAGUUCACUGUGUUAGGCUUCUUGCAGCUUCCUUCUUGUUAAAUGGACAAAAGAAAGGCCUUAUACCUGACAAAGAGGUACGAGUGAGUGUGAAAGCCCUGGCUAUCAGCUGUGUGGGGGCGGCUGCUGCUCUACAUCCUGCCGCUUUCUUCAACUCCCUCUACUUGGAACCGCUGGACGGCAUCCCAAUAGAAGGUAGAGGUGCAGUAUUAUUUAGAGAGCAACAGUACAUCAGUGAUGUGCUUUGCCUCAUCGACCAUGGGGACCCUCAAAUCCGAGGGGCCACUGCAAUCCUUUGUGGAGCCAUUAUCCACACAGCUCUCACCAAAACCCGUUAUAACAUACACAGCUGGCUGGCCAGUGUACAAAGUGUAACAGGUAACCGUCUGUCCCUGGUGGACAUGGUACCUUUGAUCCAAAAAACAUUAAAGGAUGAAUCGUCUGUCACCUGUAAGAUGGCUUGUUCUGCAGUGCGACACUGUGUAAUGACCAUUUGUAAGAGUACCCUGAGUGAGCUCGGACUUCAGCUGCUGAUUGACCUGCUGUGUCUCAAGGACUCUUCUUAUUGGCUUGUUCGAACUGAGUUAUUGGAGACAAUGGCUGAUAUUGAUUUCAGAAUAAUUAACUUCUUAGAGAUGAGAACUGAAGCUUUGCAUAAAGGAAAUCAUCACUACACUGGGAGAUUGGUGUUGCAGGAGAGGGUCCUACAUGAUGUGGUCAUCUGUCUUUUGGGAGAUGAUGACCCCAGAGUGCGGCAUGUUGCAGCUUCAAUUGUUAGCAGGCUUGUUGCCCGAUUGUUUUAUGACUGUGACCAGGGUCAGGCUGAUCCAGUUGUUGCUGUUGCCCGAGACCAGAGUUCAGUGUAUUUACAACUGUUAAUGCAUGAAACACAGCCUCCCUCCCAACUUACCGUCAGCACAAUCACAAGGACAUACAGGGGCUAUAAUCUGUCUAAUACAGUUCCUGACAUCACCCUGGAGAACAACUUGUCCAGAGUCAUCACUGCAGUGUCACACGCAUUUACCACGUCUACCUCUAGAGCCCUUACAUUUGGCUGUUGUGAGGCUUUAUGCCUUAUGGCUUCAGCCUAUCCUGUGUGUAACUGGAGCACAGGCUGGCACUGUGGUUAUGUGAGCGCUGGAUCCAGUCUUGCUUCUCGGGCCAGUCUAAACCGCAGCAGGGGCCGGGCCCAUAGUUUUUCACACUCCAGCCAUACGCCCGCAUCAUCAUCUGCACCAGACACAGAAAAGAAAACUUUGGUCAUGGGAGUGGCUAGCAUGGUGCUGUCCUUGCUCUCCUCGGCCUGGUUUCCUUUGGAUCUCUCUGCACACCAAGAUGCACUUUUACUUGCUGGCAAUUUGCUUGCUGCUGUGUCACCUAAAUGUAUGCGUAACCCCUGGUCAGGUGAGGAGGAAGGAGGUAAUUCAAAUGUUAGUGCUGGGCCUAAUAAGAUGGAGGAACCCUGGGCUGCGCUAUCAGAGCGCCCUCUUGUGGUUAUGGUGGAACAACUGUUCUCUCAUUUACUGAAACUACUCAACAUCUGCGCACAUGUGCUAGAUGACACUCCACCUGGUCCAGCAGUAAAGGCCACCCUUCCAUCAUUAACAAACACCCCAUCCUUGAGUCCCAUUCGCAGGAAGGGAAAAGAGAAGGACGUAUCUGAUCCUAGCGUGGCACCCAUGAGCCCAAAGAAAAGCACUGAAACCAGCACAGGACGACCACCAGAUAACACUGGAUCAACAGCAGUCAGUAAAUCUACAACUCUUGGUAAUUUCUACCAUCUGCCAACCUACCUCAAGCUCUAUGAUGUCCUGAAAGCCACAUACACAAAUUACAAGGUUACACUUGAUCUACACAGUAACCAGGAGAAGUUUGGCUGUUUUCUACGCUCUACCUUGGAUGUUUUGUCACAGCUAUUAGAACUGGCAACUCUGCAUGAUAUUGGCAAGUGUGUUGAGGAAAUUUUGGGCUACCUGAAAUCCUGCUUCUCCAGAGAACCAACCAUGUCCACUGUUUGUGUACAGCAGUUGCUGAAAACUCUUUUUGGCACCAACCUGGCCUCUCAAUAUGAGGGCGUUCUGAGUGGACCCAGUCGGACUCAAGGGAAAGCUCUCCGUUUGGGGUCUUCCAGCCUUCGGCCUGGCCUCUACCAUUACUGCUUCAUGGCCCCCUAUACGCACUUCACCCAGGCACUGGCUGAUGCUAGCCUACGCAACAUGGUGCAGGCUGAGACGGAGCAGGACACAUCUGGAUGGUUUGAUGUCAUGCAAAAGGCAUCAAAUCAGCUCAAGUCCAACAUAGCUAAUGCAACACGCCAUAGAGGAGACAAGAGUGCCAUUCACAAUCACAUUCGGCUGUUUGAGCCACUGGUGAUUAAAGCUUUAAAGCAGUACACCACAAGCACCUCUGUCUCACUGCAGAGACAGGUGCUGGACCUGCUCGCCCAACUGGUACAACUCCGAGUCAACUACUGCCUCCUGGAUUCAGAUCAAGUGUUUAUUGGAUUUGUCCUGAAACAGUUUGAGUACAUUGAAGUUGGACAGUUUAGGGAUUCAGAGGCCAUCAUCCCAAAUAUAUUUUUCUUUCUUGUACUUCUGUCGUAUGAGCGAUACCACUCCAAGCAGAUCAUCAGCAUCCCUAAAAUUAUCCAAUUGUGUGAUGGGAUUAUGGCUAGUGGGAGAAAAGCUGUGACCCAUGCUAUCCCUGCAUUGCAGCCCAUCGUCCAUGACCUUUUUGUUUUGAGAGGCUCCAAUAAAGCUGAUGCAGGAAAAGAGCUUGAUAUUCAGAAGGAAGUGGUUGUGUCCAUGCUGCUCAGGCUCAUUCAAUACCACCAGGUGUUGGAGAUGUUUAUCCUUGUGCUCCAACAAUGUCACAAAGAAAAUGAGGAUAAGUGGAAAAGACUGUCACGGCAGAUUGCAGAUGUCAUUCUUCCGAUGAUCGCAAAGCAGCAGAUGCAUUUGGACUCCCCAGAGGCACUGGGUGUUCUGAAUACUCUCUUUGAGUCAGUUGCUCCCUCUUCUCUGAGACCAGUGGACAUGCUGUUGAAGAGUAUGUUUACCACUCCGGUUACAAUGACUUCAGUAGCCACAGUCCAGUUGUGGGUGUCUGGUAUCCUGGCUGUGCUGAGGGUACUAGUAUCUCAGUCCACAGAAGACAUUGUACUGUCCCGAGUCCAUGAACUCUCCCUAUCCCCUCAUCUCCUGUCCUGCCAAACCAUCACUCGCCUGCAUCAGCAAAGUACCUCCACAAAUGACCCACCAUCUGAAACACCUGCCACCCAGGAACCUAAUGGUGACACUCAAAAAACUCUCCCAGAAGAAACCUUUGCCAGGUUUCUGUUGCAGUUGGCUGGAGUUUUACUCGAUGACAUUUCAACCCGUCAGAUCAAAGUGGACAUUACUGAGCAGCAGCACACCUUCUAUUGCCAGCAGCUGGGCACACUCCUAAUGUGCCUUAUACAUAUAUUUAAAAGCGGGAUGUUUCGGAGGAUCACAGCUGCAGCCAGUCGGCUCUUGAAGGGUGAGAGCGGAGGUACACAGUCUGAAAGCUGUGAGUUUUACCAGCUGGAGGGACUGAACAGCAUGGUCCAAAGCCUCAUCACGACCCACCCCUCCCUCGUGCUGCUAUGGUGCCAGGUUCUGCUCAUCAUCGAUUACACAAACUACACCUGGUGGUCAGAGGUGCACCAGACACCCAAGAGACAGAGUCUAUCCUGCACAAAGCUGCUGAGUCCUCGCAGCUCAGGUGAAGGUGAAGAGGACAAGCCUGAAUCAAGGUUGGCUAUGGUCAACAGAGAGAUUGUACGAAGGGGAACCCUCAUCUUGUUCUGUGAUUAUGUGUGUCAAAACCUCCAUGACUCAGAGCACCUGACCUGGCUGAUUGUUAAUCAUGUGCGAGACCUGAUCAGCCUUUCUCAUGAGCCUCCAGUGCAAGAUUUUAUCAGUGCUGUUCAUCGUAAUUCUGCUGCCAGUGGCCUCUUUAUUCAGGCCAUCCAGUCACGCUGUGACAAUCUCUCUACUCCCACCAUGUUGAAGAAAACUCUGCAGUGUUUGGAGGGGAUCCACUUGAGUCAAUCUGGAUCUCUGCUGAUGCUGUAUGUGGACAAGCUGCUCAGUACUCCAUAUCGAGUGCUGGCCCGUAUGGUGGACACCCUGGCCUGUCGCAGGGUUGAGAUGCUGCUCGCUGAAACACUACAAAACAGCAUAGCUCAGCUCCCUGUGGAAGAGCUCAAUAGGAUUCAGGAGUAUCUUCAAAGCAGUGGGCUUGCUCAGAGGCAUCAGAGGUUCUACUCUCUGCUGGACAGGUUUAGGGCCACUGUUACCGACAGCAACAGCCCAGUCCCACCUGUGACGUCACACCCCUUAGAUGGGGAUCCUCCACCUUCACCAGAAUUAGUAAUAGCAGAUAAGGAAUGGUAUGUAGCCUUGGUGAAUUCACAGUGUUGUCUCUGUGGAGAUGUGUCUUUGCUGGAGACAACAGAACUUCUUACUAAACUACCUCCACCAGAUCUCUUGAACGUAAUGACCUGCAAGGAAUUCAAUCUCAGUCUGUUAUGUCCAAGUAUAAGUUUGGGAAUUCACCGGUUAACACGAGGUCAAGGGACACUUCUGCUAGAGACGGCAUUGCAGGUUACCUUUGAUCAACUUGCUGAGGUCACGCGGUCACUUCCUUCUCCGCACCAGUCUUUCCUGCCUCCCUCUCAGCCUCCGCCCUACUGGGAAUCUCUAGCCACUAUGUUUGAUGAGCCUGGCUUCUUCCCAAAGGUUUUGUCGCUGUGCAGAGCUCUCUCACAGUACAUGUUGAAUGUCAGUCAGCUGCCUUCCUCCCUUCACAUUUCUGUGGAAAAGGAGCAUCUCAUCACUGCUUUUACCUGUACUGCAACAGAGGUGAUAGUUUGGCGUCUGCUACAGGACCAGCUGCCUCUCAGUGUGGACCUCCAGUGGGCUCUGGCCUGUCUAUGUCUAGCAUUACAACAGCCAUGUGUUUGGAACAAGCUUUCUACAUCAGAGUACACCACACAUACCUGCUCUCUUAUUCACUGUCUGCGCCUCAUCAUUGUUGCAGUGGCAGUGAAACCUGGUGACCAGCUUUUGUAUUCUGAGAAAAGACCCAAGGUGGAAGAGGAUGGAGAUGAAGUAGACUCCCCUCAUGCAAACCACCUGCGUGAAUGGCAAUCAUGUGAGAUAAUGGGAGAACUGGUCGAAGGUCUCCGGAGUGUCCUUACAUUGGGCCACCAUAGAAACAGUGCAAUUCCAAUCUUUCUUACUCCAACUCUGCGCAACAUUGUGAUCAGUCUAUCUCGACUGCCUUUGGUUAACAGUUACACCAGAGUUCCUCCACUGGUUUGGAAAUUGGGCUGGUCCCCUCAGCGGGGUGGAGAGUUUGGCACAAGCUUACCAGAGAUUCCAGUGGAUUUCCUGCAGGAGAAGGAUGUCUUCAGAGAGUUUCUCUACCGCAUCAACACACUGGGUUGGAGCAGUCGGACCCAAUUUGAAGAGACAUGGGCCACUCUGCUGGGGGUGCUGGUCACUCAACCCAUCACUAUGGACCAGGAGGAGGAGACACAACAAGAGGAGGACUUGGAGCGUACCCAGUUGAAUGUGUUGGCUGUUCAGGCCAUCACCAGCCUGGUGCUGAGUGCUAUGACCCUGCCUACAGCUGGAAACCCUGCGGUGAGCUGUCUGGAACAACAGCCGCGCAACAAGAGCCUCAAGGCCUUAGAGACACGAUUUGGGAGAAAGCUUGCAGUGAUCAGAGGAGAAGUGGAGAGGGAGAUUCAGGCUCUUGUGUCGAAGAGGGACAAUGUUCACACACAUCACCCUUACCACGCAUGGGACCCUGUGCCCUCACUCUCUGCUGCCUCAACAGCAGGGACUCUAAUUAGCCAUGAAAAACUGUUGCUGCAGAUCAACACAGAGCGGGAAAUGGGAAACAUGGACUACAAAUUAGGACAGGUCUCAAUCCAUUCAGUUUGGCUUGGCAACAAUAUCACCCCGCUCAGAGAAGAGGAGUGGGGAGAAGAUGAAGAAGAUGAGCCUGACACUCCAGCUCCCACGUCCCCACCGCUGUCUCCCAUCAAUUCCAGGAAGCACAGAGCUGGCGUGGACAUCCAUUCCUGUUCCCAGUUUCUGCUUGAGCUUUAUAGUCAGUGGCUCAUCCCAGGCUCACCCAACAACAGAAGGAUCCCUACCAUACUAAUUAGUGAAGUAGUCCGAUCGCUUCUGGCAGUAUCAGAUCUUUUUACGGAGAGAAAUCAAUUCGACAUGAUGUUCUCAACUCUAAUGGAACUACAGAAGCUCCACCCACCAGAAGAUGAGAUCCUCAACCAAUACUUGGUUCCUGCUAUCUGCAAAGCAGCUGCUGUAUUGGGCAUGGAUAAAGUCAUAGCAGAGCCAGUGUGCCGCUUGCUGGAGGCGACACUUCGUAGCACUCACCUGCCCAGUCGAAUGGGGGCUCUUCAUGGGGUUUUGUAUGUGCUGGAGUGUGACCUGCUCGAUGAUACUGCCAAACAGCUCAUCCCCACAGUCUCUGAGUACCUGUUGUCCAAUCUCAGGGCUAUUGCACAUUGCGUACACUUGCACAACCAGCAGCAUGUGUUGGUCAUGUGUGCAGUGGCCUUCUACAUGAUGGAGAAUUACCCUCUGGAUGUAGGCUCGGAGUUCAUGGCGGGAGUAAUACAGCUGUGUGGUGUUAUGGUCUUGGCCAGUGAGGAUUGUACUCCUUCUGUUAUCUACCACUGUGUGCUCCGUGGCCUUGAGCGCCUCCUACUGUCUGAGCAGUUAUCUCGCGUGGAUGCUGAGUCUCUGGUCAAACUCAGUGUAGACCGAGUGAACAUGCCUUCGCCUCACAGAGCCAUGGCGGCACUUGGCCUCAUGCUCACCUGCAUGUACACAGCGGUGCUUGCGUCGGGUUCAGAGGUCACAGGGGUUAGAGGUCAGGUUGACUCUGCCGUAGUGAAGGCGGUGGGCGUCACGGCAGGUCAUGUUGGUUUCUCUUCAGGGAAGGAGAAGGCCAGUCCUGCCGCUCGCCCCGCCCACUCUGACCCGCAGGCUCCAGACAGCGAGUCCAUCAUUGUGGCUAUGGAGAGAGUCUCUGUCCUCUUUGACAGAAUCCGGAAGGGUUUACCCAGUGAGGCCAGGGUAGUGUCUAGGAUUUUGCCCCAGUUUCUGGAUGAUUUCUUUCCACCACAGGAUGUCAUGAAUAAGGUCAUCGGCGAGUUCCUGUCCAAUCAGCAGCCCUACCCACAAUUCAUGGCCACUGUAGUCUACAAGGUUUUCCAGACACUCCAUGCCACAGGACAGUCCUCCAUGGUGCGAGACUGGGUGCUUCUGUCCUUGUCCAACUUCACUCAGAGGACGCCAGUGGCUAUGGCCAUGUGGAGCCUCUCCUGUUUCUUUGUCUCUGCUUCCACCUCACAGUGGAUCUCUGCUCUUCUGCCCCAUGUGAUCAGCAGAAUGGGCUCCAGUGAGGUGGUGGAUGUGAAUCUUUUCUGUCUCGUUGCCAUGGAUUUCUAUCGGCACCAAAUCGAUGAAGAACUGGACCGCCGGGCUUUCCAGUCUGUGUUUGAGACUGUGGCCUCCCCGGGCAGCCCCUACCACCAACUGCUGGGCUGUCUGCAGUCCAUCCAUCAAGACACAUCCCUCUGAGAGCUGGAGGGUAAAAAUGAAAGAAAAAAAAACAACAACUCAUUUGCACCUCACUUGUGCUUGAAGAUGGAUCAGAAUGUGUAUGUAAAUGUGAUCUACUGUAGCCGUGUUUAUUUCACUAUUUCACUAGUCAGUUGAAGCAAAAGGUCCCAAAAAUUCUGAAAAUGCCUCAGCUUAAGGGGAUGUUUCUGCCCCCCUAACAUCAGUGACUCCAGACUAUUUCACAAUACAAGCAUCAGCACCUUUAUUGUGUCUUAACCCUGCACUUUGACAAAGCUUCAUAGAAAUCCACAAAAAUAUUCAGUUACACUGGGUUAAAAAUGCUGGGCUAUAUUUCAAACCAUUUUUAUAUUUUGUUAUUGUCAGAUAAUUUAUGCAAAAUUAUAUUAAUGAAGUGGUGGGGAGAAGUCACCACAGUUAUAAAUGACAAGAUUAUGUACAGAGAGGUAUGUUUUAAAGUAUGUUUUCUCUAUGUAUACAUUUUAGCAGUUCAACCCUUGCAAAGUGGAUUAACACAACUCAUUAUAAAUGGCUAUUUCUGUACUUCUCAGGAUGUAUGUGACUUAUUUACAGUAAUCUAUAUGGAGUGUUGUGUAAAAAGAUUUGUAAAGUAUAUGAAAGCCUUGGUGCAUGAUGAUGUGUGAAGAAAGAUCUUAACUUUAUGACAAUGCAAUGCCAUAUUCCUGUUGUACAACACACCACUUCUUAGAAGUUCACAGAAAGCAAAAAGCAAUGCGUUUUAACAGUGACUUGACCUGUAGCCCAGACAAGAUCUGUGCUGUGUCACUGUACAUACACUUGCCUUAGCAAAAGACUAAAAAUGUAUGUCUUGUACAUUGAAAGCUUGACGCAUGCUUAGCAUUACUGCUAUUCUCACGCAUUUUCCUUAUGACUAGAUUUCCAUGGGUACGGUUGCUAUGACUGUUGCAACUAAAUCCAAAAGGAGCCUUCUCGACCAACAGCAGCUUUGACAAAUCAGACCGAGGACAGUGUAGCGUAGGGGUACCAUGUGACUCUUCUGUUGUUGAGCUUUAAAUAUUUUGUCUGGAUUUAGUAUUGGUAAAUAUUCCAUCAAUAAUUGUCUAUGUGCUGAGAGUAUUACAUAUAUUUAGCACUUAAACCUGAAGGUUUCCAUGUUGGUGUUUCAAACUUUAAUAUGCAAUGUUUGACUUUUAACAUCUGUUUGUACAGUAAAAUCUAUAUACACCUGGAAAUACGCAGCUUGAAUAAGGCACUGUAAGCAGAUUAAUACAACCUAAUGGGUUGUGUAAAACUGUCAGUGUUGAGUAAUUUGUUCUGAUUUUAGACAAAGGCAGACUGAAGACCCCUGUGGAGCAUAAUGCUAUUACGAUAAAUCUGAGGUGGUGCAGGAAGGGUCAGUGAACAUUUUCCUCAAAUGUAUUUCAUAACGUCUUAAAGGCUUUACCUCUCUUGCUCCAACAUAACAUCUGUCGGUCCACUUGUUAAAAAUGAAAAUAGUUCAUUUGAUCAAUACUACAACACCUCUGCAAUUAGGAUCUGGAUUAUUUUGCUCUUUUCUGAAGGUUGGACUUGGUUUGCACUAGACAUGUGGAACACUACAGUCAUCUCAUCUCUGCUGUAAAAGCAGCACAGACUGGAUUGUCUGUUUUUGUUCUGGAAUCUCACGUUUUUGUUACAGUUGCCUGUAAAAAUAGAACAAGAGAUUGUGUAUUUCAUUUUAAUGUACAUUUUUGCAAAGAUUAAACACUGCUUAUGGUCUUGUAGAAAUUAAUAAAUUAUUUAAAGAUG